AUGGCGCGGGCGGGGGAAGCCGCUAAAGCGGCAAAUGAUGCGGAGGAACAAGCGACUAAGGCAGAACUUAGGGCGGUACAGGCAAGAAGGAGGGCUAACCAUCUGGUGGAAAGCAUUUCCCGUCGCUCGCACUCAAUCCUUACAAGUUUCAAGGCAGUUUUGAUCGUCUUUAACCAAACCGAGGCGGAUGAAGAUAGUGUAACCGCGGUGCCAUACAACUGCCCUGAGCGUGAUGUACAAAAUGUUUCCCGGGAGGUGUUGGAAACGGAGGUAAAGCGAAUGGUUACGCAUUUGGAACCCCACAUUCCCGUCCCACGGCAAGAUAUUAUUCACCGUCUUGUGCACGAUGUGGGUGCAUUAAAUGACACCGCGGUUCUAAGCGAGGCGGCUUUGCGUGACACCAUGGCCGCGGAGGCUGAAGCAAAAGCAGCGGCGACGAACACAAUUGUCGAGGCGAUCCGCGGAUUUAAAGACGGCAUCGAAUCAUCGCCACCAGAUGAUGCGGAAGGGGAAGGUGAUGAAAGGAGAAUGGCUACAUUGGCAAUUGUUUGCUUGUUACUUUUUCUUAGUGGCUGA